CCCGAAAUAAAGAAAUCCAAUUUCAAGUUUCCAUCGCGACAAAACCCUAAUUUCCAAUUUGUAAAACGAAAACCCUAAUUUUCACUUCAAGCUGAAACAGAGAGGAGAAAGCAUCCACCGUUUCAGCGUCUUCGUUUUCGAACCGUUCUACAAUGGCCACUAUUCCUGUUAAUCCCAAGCCUUUUUUGAACAAUUUGACUGGAAAGCCUGUUAUUGUGAAACUCAAAUGGGGAAUGGAGUACAAAGGUUACCUUGUUUCAGUUGAUUCCUACAUGAACUUGCAGCUGGCCAACACUGAAGAGUACAUUGAGGGAAACUUUACUGGGAAUUUAGGAGAGAUUUUAAUCAGGUGUAACAAUGUUCUCUACAUGCGCGGAGUACCAGAGGAUGAAGAAAUCGAAGAUGCUGCUGAUGACUAGAAUUGACUGUUAUGACAUCAAGAAAACGCUAUUUACCGUUUUUGUAUCUUCACUUAAAUGAGGGGUUUUUUUCUUGUCUAGUUGUAUGUAGAGAUUUGAAUCAAUGAUACCCUCAACACUUGGAGGUCUAUGUUUAAAUUGUUCAAAUUGUAUGUCGUGAUUCACCGGAAAUCUGAUGUUUAUACUAUUGGAAAUUAGCAUUUUAGUU